AGCACUAAAUCGUUCCAACUUCCGUUUUCUCCACAUGGUAAAAUUUGUCACCAAAAUAAACGAUGGCAAAUUCCUUUGGAGACGAUUUGUUUGAUGUCUUUGAUGAAAAAGCUGAGGCAAACCCUGCUAAGCACAUCGAGGAAAAAGAUGCUUCUUCUGCCGAGAACUUAAGCGACGAGAAAAGAGCCGAAGACCUCCUUCGACAGAUUGUAGGAAAAACUAAGAGGGCAGCAGGGACUGAAUUUGAAUCCCAGGAGUCAAAAAAGCAAAAAACAGAAGAUGGUGUUAGUGAUGCCAAUACAGAAGUCCUGCCACGAAUCCAAGUACACAGAGUGGAAACGGUUGAGGCCUGUUUGCAUGAGGUGGCAGUGCCCCCCGAUGAAGAGUUUGUGCCCCUCAAACCCUCACAGAAGAAGGCUGCUAAAGACUUCCCCUUUAUCCUGGAUCCGUUUCAAAAGGAGGCCCUUCUGUGUCUUGAGAACAACCAGUCUGUGUUGGUGUCAGCUCACACAUCAGCUGGAAAGACUGUCGUAGCUGUGUAUGCUAUCGCCAUGUCGCUACAGGUGAAGCAGAGAGUCAUCUACACUACACCUAUCAAGGCUUUGAGUAAUCAGAAAUACAGAGAGCUAUUUGAAGAGUUUCAGGACGUGGGGCUGAUGACUGGAGACGUCACCAUCAACCCCACUGCUAGCUGCCUCGUCAUGACUACAGAGAUUUUGAGAAGCAUGUUGUAUCGUGGAUCUGAGGUGAUGCGAGAGGUAGCCUGGGUUAUAUUUGACGAGAUUCAUUACAUGAGAGACAAAGAGAGAGGUGUAGUCUGGGAAGAAACCAUUAUCUUGCUGCCUGACAACGUCCACUAUGUGUUCCUGUCAGCAACCAUUCCCAAUGCCCGUCAGUUUGCUGAGUGGAUCUGCCACUUACACAAACAGCCAUGCCACGUUGUGUACACCGACUACCGACCCAUCCCACUCCAGCACUACAUCUUCCCUGCAGGCGGGGAUGGGCUACAUCUCGUUGUGGAUGAAAACGGAGAUUUUCGAGAGGAGAACUUCAACACUGCGAUGGGUGUACUGAAAGAUGCAGGAGAUGCUGCCAAGGGAGAUCAGCGGGGACGAAAAGGUGGCUCCAAGAGUCACGAGUCCAACUGCUUCAAGAUCGUCAAGAUGAUCAUGGAGAGAAGCUUUGCCCCAGUCAUUGUGUUCAGUUUCAGCCGGAAGGACUGUGAAGCAUACGCAAUGCAAAUGGCCAAACUAGACUUCAACACAGAAGAGGAAAAGGGUUUGGUGGAGGAAGUGUUUAACAAUGCAAUAGACUCGCUCUCUGAUGAAGACAAGAAACUACCACAGGUGGAGAAUGUGCUGCCACUUCUGAAGAAAGGUGUUGGGAUCCAUCACUCAGGGUUACUUCCCUUGCUGAAAGAAACCAUUGAAAUUCUCUUCUCAGAAGGUCUCAUCAAGGCACUGUUUGCUACAGAGACAUUUGCCAUGGGACUGAACAUGCCUGCCAGAACCGUACUGUUUACAGCUGCCCGGAAGUUUGAUGGCAAGGACUUCAGAUGGGUGACGUCUGGUGAGUACAUCCAGAUGAGUGGUCGAGCUGGACGUCGUGGGUUGGACGAGCGAGGAAUUGUCAUCCUGAUGGUGGACGAGAAGAUGAGUCCGUCUGUCGGCAAAACACUUCUCAAGGGCCUGCCUGAUCCCCUGAACAGCGCCUUCCACCUGACGUACAACAUGGUGCUCAACCUGCUGCGGGUGGAGGAGAUCAACCCAGAGUACAUGCUGGAGAGAUCCUUCUACCAGUUCCAGAACUAUGCCGCCAUCCCUGACCUUGUGGAGAAGCUGCGUCGGAAGGAGGAAGACUACAGGUCCAUGAAGAUCCAGAACGAGGACCAGGUGUCAUCAUACUUCAAGAUCCGUCAGCAGCUGGACAACCUGGGCCAGGACAUGAUGCACUUCAUACAGAAACCUGCCUACCUGCUCCCCUUCCUGCAGCCUGGAAGACUCGUCAAGGUGAAGAACAAAGAAGAUGACUUCGGCUGGGGUAUUGUAUAAGAAUGGCUUCGGCGGGGUGUUGUCAUCAACUUCCAGAAGAAGAUGGAUCAGAGCAAGGCAACCGAUGACACAGGCCCUCUCUACAUAGCGGAGGUACUGAUGUAUAUCACCAAGGAAAGUGCAAAAUCUCGUAGAACAACCGACAUAAAGCCUUGUCCCAAAGAUCAGCGUGGAGAAAUGCAGGUUGUACCGGUGUUGACGACUCUGAUUGAGGGAAUCAGUGCAAUCCGACUGUAUGUCCCGCAGGACCUCAAGAGUCAUGACAAGCGACAGAGUGUCUACAAGUCUCUCCAGGAAGUAGAGAAGCGCUUCCCAGAUGGCUUACCUCCCCUUGAUCCUAUAGAGGAUAUGGGCAUCAAGGACAAGAAACUCCAGGAAAUCAUAAAGAAAACAGAAGCCUUCGAACAUCGUUUAUACUCUCAUCCGCUCCAUAAGGAUCCCCAACUGGAGGAGUUGUACUCCUUGUAUGACAAGAAAACUCGGCUUGGUAAUGAGGUGAAGGCCAUCAAGUCAGAGCUGAAGAAGAAGAAGUCCCUGCUGCAGAUGGAUGAACUCAAGUGUCGAAAGCGUGUUCUCCGGAGAAUGGGGUACGCAACCAGCUCUGAUGUCAUCGAGAUCAAAGGCCGGGUGGCGUGUGAGAUAAGCAGCGCUGACGAGCUGUUGCUGACAGAGCUGCUGUUUAACGGCGUCUUCAACAACCUGACGGAGCAACAGUCCUGUGCCCUCCUCAGCUGCUUUGUGUUCCAGGAGAAUUCCAAUGAGAUGCCCAAACUGACAGAGGAACUCUCGGGACCUCUACGUAUCAUGCAGGACACAGCUCGGCGUAUUGCCCGGGUGAGUCGGGAAGCCAAGUUGGAGCAUCUGGAGGAGGAGGCCUAUGCCGAGACAUUCCGACCACACAUGAUGGAUGUUGUGAACGCUUGGUGCAAUGGAUCGACAUUUUUCCAGUUGUGUAAAAUGACAGACAUCUUUGAAGGUAGUAUAAUCCGGUGUAUGCGGAGGCUGGAGGAACUCCUCAGACAGAUGGUGCAGGCAGCUAAAGCCAUUGGGAACACAGAGCUGGAAAACAAGUUCUCGGAAGCUAUUAGAAGAAUCAAGAGGGACAUUGUGUUUGCUGCUAGUCUGUACUUAUAGUAGCAGGUGCUUGUCAUUAGCUGGCAGACACUUUCAUCACCAAGGAUCCAAGGAGCUCCUCACAGUGAUAGCCCACUGGUGGAUCUCUCUAUGCUGUCGGGGCCAACAGCCACAGCUCCUUACAGUGGUGACACAACCAUGCAUGGAAUUAAACUGCUGACUGACUGUUUUGCUUACAAGCCAAGUGAAACUUCUUGAUGCGAAGUAAUAUUCAAGUUCAAAUAUUUUGUGUGUCAAUUUGAAGUUCAUUUCAACUAUCAUGUACUGGGUACAGUCAUAGUGUAAGGGGCUAUUGGGUGUUUUUCUUAAUGUCAGCAAUUUUGAAUUAAUCUGAGUAAACAAGCAAACAAUAAUUCUCCUCGGAAAAAGUACGUUAGUUGUAAGCCAUUUUAAACAUUUACUAUAGUACAUUCUUAGACAAAAAUAAACAUUGCAUUUUAAAUUUUAAAGAUUUUUGUAGUGGCCAUUUUGCGCAUUGGUGGCAGUGAUGAUACUAUCAUGGUAAAGAAGGUGUCGUGCUGGGAAGGAGCUUGUGAAGCUCACUGUCAGGGGAGAUAACUCCUGUUACCAUCAAAACAAUUGAAAGGUAGUUCCGUAUUCAGGUGACAGUAGGGAUUCUCAUGUGUUGUAAUAUGUGUCCAAUGCCGAUACCACAUGCUCUCCGAGAUGAAGGGGGGGAUUGAGAGAACCCAGAAUUAUUAUUUGAGUACCCAGAAAUGCACAAUUACUUGGCUCUCUUGUGACAUCGUAAUGGAAACAAUUUAGUUCUGUUGUAGAUCUUGUUAUAAGGAAUUUAGAAUAAGCAGUAUCAGUAAGUUGAAACUUACUACUUUUUCUGUACUUUUGGUUAGUUUGUUAGAUGCAGACAUGUCAGCAUUGUCACAUUGUAGAUUGCCAGGAAAGGAUGGCAUGUAGAAGAUCAGCUUCAUUCUCUUCCUGUUCAUUUGUAAAUGUCAUGUUCAUUUCAAUCACACAAAUGAUUCACUGUACACUGUUGUGUACAUCAUUGUAAAUCCUGUAAAUAUAUAUACUGUAAAAAAUGUCAAUAAAUCUGAAUUGGAUUCA